AUGGUGCGCCGGGGCUGGCUUUGCCUGCUGCCGGGCUCCCUCCUCCUGCUGGCCACGGCGCGCCAGAGCCACGGCCCCGCCGCCUGCCCGCUCCGAGGGAAGCAAAGUGAGCUGAAUUCAUUCCUAUGGACCAUCAAGAGAGAUCCCCCAUCUUACUUCUUUGGCACCAUCCAUGUCCCGUACACACGUGUCUGGGAUUUCAUCCCAGAGAACUCCAAGAAGGCCUUCCAGCAGAGCCACAUUGUGUACUUCGAGCUGGACCUCACUGACCCCUACACCAUCUCAGCUCUCACCAGCUGCCAGCUCUUGCCACAGGGGGAGAACCUCCAGGACGUGCUGCCCCGUGAUAUCUACCGCCGGCUCAAGCGGCACCUGGAGUAUGUCAAGCUCAUGAUGCCAUCCUGGAUGACCCCAGACCAGCGGGGCAAAGGACUGUAUGCAGAUUACCUCUUCAACGCCAUUGCUGGCAACUGGGAGAGGAAAAGGCCAGUGUGGGUGAUGCUGAUGGUGAACUCUCUGACGGAGGUGGACAUCAAGUCACGAGGUGUGCCUGUCCUGGAUCUGUAUCUGGCCCAGGAAGCAGAGCGGCUGAGGAAGCAAACGGGUGCUGUGGAGAGAGUGGAGGAGCAGUGCCACCCGCUCAAUGGGCUGAACUUCUCCCAGGUGGUCUUUGCUUUGAAUCAGACUCUCUUGCAGCAGGAGAGCCUCCGAGCAGGCAGUUUACAGAUCCCCUAUACGACAGAAGACCUUAUCAAGCAUUACAACUGUGGAGACCUCAGCUCUAUCAUCUUCAACCAUGACGCUUCUCAAGUCCCAAAUUUCAUUAAUGCUACACUUCCGGCCCAAGAACGUAUUACUGCCCAGGAGAUAGACAGCUACUUCCGCCAGGAGCUCAUCUAUAAGCGAAAUGAGCGAAUGGGCAGGAGGGUGAAGGACCUGCUGGAAGAGUACCCAGACAAAAGUUUCUUCUUUGCAUUUGGAGCUGGUCACUUCAUGGGCAACAACACAGUGAUUGAUGUUUUGAGGAGAGAAGGGUACGAGGUAGAACACACUCCAGCUGGACAAGCCAUCAACAACAAAAAACCCGCCAAAACCUUGUUAGCCUUUUCAUCAUCAUCGCUGGCACAUGGUCCCUAUGUUGUGUCCCAGGAGCUCCCACUGCCGCUGCAUUCCCAGAAGGAGGAGGAGGAAGAAGAGCUGCCUCACCUGCUGCUCCCUGACAGUAUUGAUGUGCUGAAGAAGGUAGACAGGAAGUACAAAAAGAAGAAGAAGAAGCAGCAGAAGAAGCAAAGAUUGAGACAGUUUAACGACCUCUGGGUUCGCCUAGAGGAAAGUGCCACCAACCCUCCUCCUCGGAUUCGCAUCAUUAAUGGCUACAUCACGGUUGAACCCCAGCCGCGGGGCCACGGACGGUCCAGUCACGCUCGUGUGGACACUGGCAGCACUUAUGAGCUCUCCUGUUCUUUAUUCCUCACACUGCUGACUUUGACUUUGCAUAUGAUAAGGCUUCAUUGAAACAUAGGAAGAGUCAAGCUGCAGGGCUCUGCAGCUUGCAGUGAAAAGAAACUUACGUGGAAAAAAUACCACAAAAAACAACAAACCAAAAAUAGAAGACUCUGAGUGGGACACCUGUUCUUUGGGUGUUCUUAAACUGUCUACUUUUCCUGAGUCUGGAUCAUUAACACUAUUAACUGGUUUGACCUGCCCAAUACAGGAGAAGAUAUUUUAAUGAAAGUGUUAUUUAUCCUUCUCUUGCAGAAGAAUGAUUUCAUGUUAUCCCAUAAUGCUUUGGGGAGAUUAUAAUGUUGCUAUAACAUAGCUGUUGUCUAGCUGUGUGAGCCCAACUAAAUUACAUAUUUUUUCACCUUCGGUGCCUUGUAAAAUUAUUUACAUACCACUAUCUUGUUUAUUAGAACAGAAUAUUUUUCAUAUGAGUGCAGCUGGGUAAGAGAGGUUGAUAUUUUAUGUCUCUACUGGUAAUGCUUUUAAUUCUUGCUUGU